GGACCUCUCCCACCGCUGCCGAAGUCACUGUUGAAGCAGUUCCACCCCACGUUGUUGAAGGGGAGAACGUUGUUUUAGUUGCCCACAAUAUGCCAGCAGAAUACAACUUCUUUUUCUGGUACAGGGUACAAACGUCUCAAGAGGAAUUAAUAGCAAAAUUUAUAAAAUCCCAAGAAAUGUUCCAAAAUGGGCCUGCAUACACAGGCAGAGACAUGGUUUACCCCAAUGGAUCCUUGGUCAUCCAGAACGUCACUCACAGCGAUGCAGGAGUCUACACACUACGUGUGAUAGUACACUAUACUGAUAAAAGGAGUUCAUCUGUGCAGUUCCAUGUACACCAACCAGUGACCAUACCCUCCAUCCAAGUCACCAACUCCACAGUCAAAGACCUAAUCUCUGUGUUCCUGAAAUGCUUGUCAAACGACACUGGGAUCUCAAUCCAUUGGCUCUUUAAAGGCAAGAGUCUGGUUAUCACAAAUAGGAUGAGGCUGUCUCCGAACAACCGCUCCCUCCAAAUAGACCCUGCCAGGAAUGAAGAUUCUGGGGACUAUCAGUGUGAAGUAUCCAAUCAAGCCAGUUCCAAGAGGAGUGACCCCAUCCAGCUGGACAUAAUAUAUCCAGUGACUCCACCCUCCAUCCAAGUCACCAACUCCACAGUCAAAGACCUAAUCUCUGUGUUCCUGAACUGCUUGUCAAAUGACACCGGGAUCUUUAUCCAUUGGCUCUUCAAAGGCAAGAGUCUGGUUAUUACAAAUAGGACAAGGCUGUCCACAAACAACCGCACCCUCCAAAUAGACUCUGUGAAGAUUGAAGAUUCUGGGGACUAUCAGUGUGAAGUAUCCAAUCAAGUCAGUUCCAAGAGGAGUGACCCCAUCCAGCUGGACAUAAUACAUCCAGUGACUCCACCCUCCAUCCAAGUCACCAACACCACAGUCAAAGAGCUGGUGUCUAUAUCCCUGACCUGCUUGUCAAAUCACACUGGGAUCUCCAUCUAUUGGCUCUUCAACUCUCAGCGUCUAAGAAUCACAAAUAAGAUGAGGCUGUCCCCGAACAACAGCACCCUGCAAAUAGACCCUGCCAGGAGUGAGGAUUCAGGGGACUAUCAGUGUGAGGUAACCAAGGGAUUCGUUAACAAGAGGAGUGACCGCAUUACUCUGAACAUAAUAGAUCCAGUGACUCCACCCUUCAUCCAAGUCACCAACACCACAGUCAAAGAUAUGACCUCUGUGUUCCUGACCUGCUUGUCAAACGACACUGGGAUCUCCAUCCAUUGGCUCUUCAAAGGCCAGAGUGUGGAGCUCACAGACAGGGUAAGGCUGUCCCAGAACAACAGCACCCUCCAAAUAGACUCUGUGAGGAGUGAGGAUUCCGGGGACUAUCAGUGUAAAGUAUCCAAUCAAAUCAGUUCCAAGAGGAGUGACCCCAUCCAGCUGGACAUAAAACGUGUAGAACCUGUUGAUUUUGGACCUCCAAAACCAAAAGAACAUCGGCCCUCAUCAAGGGGUAUUAUCGGCAUUGUUGCUCAAUGUCUGAUGGGGCUGAUUGCAGUAAUAUUUGUACUGGUUUUCCUGUGGCGCAGCCGUCGUGGCAGGGAGCUACAAAUUGAGAACAACAUUAAACAGAUGGACAAUGAGCCAACCAACCUCAAUGAGCCAACCAACCUCAAUGAAACCUCAAAAGCAGCCUCAAAUGUGAAACCUCAAAACAAAGAGAAGAAAACAGGCAAGAAGUAAGAGCAUGCUCAGUGAGGACAACUGGACCCAUCCACCCACAGUGGAUGGAGCUUCACAUUAUUUCCUGAAAAACAAUGUCCAGCAACCCAAAUCCCUAACUUCAGCCUUCCCAUCUCCACCAGCAACAACAACAGUCUUCUGAAAUAAAAACACAGUGAUGAGACCUGUCCCACUAA